AUUUUAUGACCGUGUUUGUGUUUUUAGAACGCUGCAAAUCAGUAUUUAUUUUUGUCUUGUUAAUUGUUUGGAAGGUAGGCCAUGAAAGAUUGAUGUCCUGUGUAAUACCAGCACGCCCCCUAGCGACAGCUGGAGAGACGCGGUUAGAGCUCGUAUCUAGGGAAACCGUCUCUAUAGAAACCGCGUGUGGCUUAAAACUGUGGUUAUCGAAAUCUGUUAGCAUACUGGCUGGCGUGUUUGUGUGUGUGUGUUUGUUAACGUUUCAUAGCUGCUGUCAAAAUGACUUACCAGCGAAUGUAUCAGCCCAAGGUGAAAACCGGAAACUGGUUUGAAGACCUGGUCCUAAAGGAGGAGACAAUAAAAGAAUUUCUUGACAAGAGGAGCAGGGGAGAGCUUCUUUCUCAGAAAGUGGACUUUCUCAAACAAAACAUUUUGGAACACGUGAAUCUCUCUGCGACAUUCGAUGGACAGCUACGUUUUGGAGAUGUUGUGAUGUUGGUGAAUGUGGGAGGACAAGACAGGGAGCACAGCGUUCUCAGCAUCAACGCCAAUGUCGACAAUGUGACUAAGACACCUCUGCCGAGCAUUAAGAUGCCAUGUGGGGUCAGCGGAGGAAAAGGUAUUCAAUCCUGCGUUCGCACUGCUUUUAUCAUCACCAGUGUUGAUGGCAGUCCUGAAGGAUCAACUCUGCAUUUUGACCAGAGUUUUGCUCUCAAAACAACAAGUGGCUUUGCCAAAGGACUUUACUUGACCAGUGAUAAACCCCGUUUCCAAAAGUGUGCAAAGAAGUCUGGCCUCCAAGACGUUUACCUGGAUGACACCUUAAGUGUUUUGUCAUGGUGGAAAAUAUCGCACUUUGACCCCCAGGAAAGAUUUGAAUCUGAGGGUCUGCCAGUUCCUGCUAACGAGAAGGUGCUGGUCAUCCACUGCAUGACAAACCAAGGCCUUGCUGUUCUGGGUGAAAAGCUUCUCUGGACAGCUUACGGAGGAGAAUAUGAGGUGGUAGCGCACACAUUCCUUGACACCCAUAGAGCUGAACAAGAUGUUAAUUUCUGGAUCCUGGGUACUUCUGAUCCUGCUGGGGAUGGGCUUCUAUUCCUGAGGCACUUGCACGUCCAGCAGCCCACCUAGACCCCGGGUUACUACCUCCAGUUUAUUUUUAAUGUGGACAAACAUCAUAAACAACACCUGGAACUUCCACAAUAAAAACUACCUUUUCUAACUGAAA